AUGGCGGCCGUCCAAAACCCCCACGCCAGGGGAGACCACCGUCUUUGUUGCUGCGGGAAUAAAAUUUCAGGGAAAGACACCCACCCGGUGUGCGGUACCUGUCUAGGAGUCGACCACGCCAGGUUGGCCCUAGAAAUUCCCGGCUCCUGUGGACACUGCAAAGUGUUCACGGUCAAGAGCCUCAGAUGCAGGCUAGCCCGCCAGGUUAGCAUCUCGGACCGUGAUCCAUUCCUCCCCACCGCCGCACAAGGUGCAGCCGCGGAGGAGGACGUGGACACAGCUGGGGAAGCCCCGGAGACUGACUACGACUGGGGUGCCCAGUGCGAGCAGCUCCAUGCCCCCCCGUUUCCCGAGGAAGACGUGCUGGAAGUCAGUCCCAUGGAGGAGGAUGACGACACCUCGUUCCUCAUAUCAGAGGACGAGGAAGAGGAUGACACCUUCAUGGCCCCAGCACAGCCUGAGAGGCCUAAACCGCCGUGCCCUUCCGCCAUGGAAGACAGGGGAGCGAGCUCACCAGCUCCCUCCCUCCAUGUGGACCUGCUCGACGUGUGCAAACGCGCGGCAGAGAAGCUGGAGAUUCCCUGGCCGGUCGCAAUAGCGGAGCCCACCCGGUCCCGCUACGAAGGCAAACGGCUUCCCCUGGCACGAAAUGCGGUGAAGCAGCUUCUCCCUGUCUUCCCCGAGUUGCUGACGGAGCUCUCCAAAACAUGGACUAGCUGCCCAUACAGCAACAGGAGCCCUAUUUCGGGCGCAGCAUCCCUCGACUGCGAGGCGAUGGACGCCCACGGCCUCCUCUCCAUGCCUCCGGUGGAAGUCCCGGUAGCUGCGCACCUCUGCCCAGGCAGCGUGAGCCAGCUGUCUGCAGCUUCCCCCAGACGCCCGACGCUGCCAGCUAAGCCCGAACGGUUCCAGUCUGCGCUGACCGAAAAGGCAUACAAAGCAGCAGCCCUCUCGGCCAGAGCCCUCAGCACCCUCUCCAUCCUCACUGCCUACCAAGCGGAGUUGUUUGGCGCGUCUGCUGAGGAGCAAGACCCGGAUGCGUGGGAGGAGAUGGCGGUCAUCGCGGACCUGUCUCUCCGUAUCCAACGUGUCGCGGUCCAGGCCACAGGGAAGGUGAUGGCAACCCUCGUCGUCCAGGAGCGAGCGCGAUGGCUCAGUCUCGCUAACCUGACCGACAGGGAGCGGGAUGACAUCCUGGAUAUGCCGAUCGUCCCUGAAGGCAUCUUCGGCUCUGCAUUGGCCACAAUGCAGCAAAGAUGUGAGGCAAAGAAAAAGGACAACGAGGCCCUCAAACUUUGUCUCCCUCGGAAAGCCCCUGCGCCUUCACCUCCGGUGCAACGUACCAAGACGGCCACCACCGCCAGGUCCGCCCCCUCCGAUGAGGAAGGAGCGCGGAGCCGGCUGGCAGGGGAAACCUGCCUCCACGACCGCUACGCCGCCGCCGCCCACAGCCGCCGCGAGCUCGGUCCCACAGGCGAGGAAGAAAAAGAGGGCGGCCUGACAGCCGCCAGUUCCUCAGUUGAGCCGGUCUGCGAGGAGAAGGACAUCGCCCCGGAGGUCUGCGCGGUUGCGCCCCGAGCGGAAUGUCCAAAAGCACAGUCACACACCCUUGUUCAAAGAAAAAAUGGUGUCAAAAUAAAAAUAAAUCUGUCACAGCCAGGCCACGAGCCGAGGGUGCAGAUAAUAAAAAAAGCCAAAACAGACGAUGCUCUCUCUAUAAGCAGGGUGGCCGCUCAGCCCCCUGCAGCUCUGCUCCCGGGACGGGCACCGCCGUCCCCGCGGAGCAGAGCAGAGCGCUCCACCGUGCCUCCGGUGGUGCCCGAGAAUCAUUUCUCGGUUCCACCACAGGGGGGCGCGGGGCAGGAGCCGCAAUAUGUUCCCCCGCUCUCUCUCAGAUGGGAAAGCUGGAGAGCAGCAGCAGCUCCACCGUGGGUGUUGCGCACAAUUUCCCGGGGAUACAGGCUUCAAUUCGCCACUGUCCCUCCCCGCUUCUCCGGUGUAAUACACUCACAUGCACAGGGAGAAUCAGCUCGAGUUUUACGGGAGGAAAUUCUCUCUCUGAUAGACAAACGAGCAGUUUUUGUCGUAUCUCCCGAACAGAGUCUGUCAGGGUUUUAUUCCAGAUACUUCCUCGUCCCCAAACGGGGGGGGGAGGGAAUCCGCCCUAUUCUGGACUUAAGAGCCCUGAACAAAUUCCUGCGGAAAUACAAGUUCAGGAUGCUGACACAUGCAGCUCUGUUGCGUCUAGUAAGACCGAACGACUGGUUUUCGUCCGUGGAUCUGAAAGACGCGUAUUUCCACAUUCCCAUUUAUCCCCCUCACAGACAAUAUCUCCGGUUUGCCUUUCAAGGGGUGUGUUACGAAUACCGUGUUCUACCAUUCGGUCUGUCUCUCAGUCCGAGGGUUUUCAUACGGUGCACAGAGGCCGCGGUAGCCCCGCUCAGACGCCGGGGGAUACGUCUGGCCACGUAUUUAGACGACUGGCUCCUGUUAGCGCAGUCAGAACAGGAAGCCAGGGUUCACACACACAUUGUCACAAAACACCUGAUGGAUUUAGGUUUUGUGAUAAAUAUGGAAAAAAGCCACCUAUCUCCAACGCAGGAGAUAUGCUUUCUGGGAUUAUCCCUGCGCUCUGUUCCGUUCACAGCCCGCCUGUCAGAGGAAAGAGUGACGGUUUUCAGAACGUGCCUGUCACAAUUCCGUCUGCACAGGUCUGUCCAGUUCAGACUGUGCCUUCGGUUGCUGGGUCUGAUGGCCUCAGCCAUCCUCGUGAUUCGCCUCGGCCGCCUUCACAUGCGGGACUUUCAGCGCUGGGUCGCUUCGCUCCGAAUGGACCCCGUGCGUCAUGGCGCACGGCGGAUAACGGUCACAGCGGACUGUAUAACAGCUCUGCGCUGUUGGCGAGCCCCGUCCUUCCUGACCCAAGGGGUGCCUAUGGGCACCGUCUCGUCCAGGAAAGUGGUAACCACGGAUGCCAGCCUAUCAGGCUGGGGCGGCAUUCACGAGGGCAGGUCUGUGAGGGGUCGCUGGAGCCAGGCCCUCCAGCGCCUUCACAUAAACUUUCUCGAACUUUCGGCGGUGUUUCUUUCUCUGAGACACUUCCUCCCAUUCCUCUCGGGUCACCAUGUCCUGGUGAGGACGGACAACACGACAACAGUGGCGUAUAUCAACCGCCAAGGGGGCCUGCGCUCCCGCAUGUUGCACAAUCUGGCGCGCGACCUGAUUCUCUGGAGCAGUACCCACUUUCUCUCCCUGAGAGCGACGCACGUCCCGGGAGACUUGAACACGGGUGCGGACCUGCUGUCCAGAGGCGCGCCAGUGUACGGGGAAUGGACGCUGCACCCACAGGUCGUGGAGCAGAUAUGGGCGCGCUAUGGGCGCGCUCAGAUAGAUCUGUUCGCGUCCAGGGAAAACGCUCGAUGCGAGCUGUUCUUCUCUCUGAGCACUCUGAAUGCCCCUCUGGGCGUAGACGCAUUAGCGCACGCCUGGCCGCACGAGCUGCUAUACGCGUUUCCACCGCUGGCCCUGAUACCCCCCACUCUCGCCAGAGUGAGGGCAUUCAACCACAGACUGAUCCUAAUAGCUCCGCACUGGCCAGCGCAACACUGGCUGGCGGAGAUAUUCCAGAUGCUGUGCGCCCAGCCUUGGGAGCUGCCGCUGCGCAGGGACCUGCUCUCGCAGGGUGCGGGGACAGUGUACCACCCACACCCGGAGCGACUGCAGCUGUGGGCCUGGCCCGUGAGUGGCUUAAUUUAACCACUGCCGGGCUCCCUCAGAGUGUAAUUAAUACUAUCCAAAACGCCAGGGCUCCCUCCACUAGGAACCUAUAUGGCUCCAAGUGGGGACUGUUUGAGCGGUGGUGUCUUGAACGGGACUACGUUCCUUUUCAGUGUUCUG